CUGGGAUCAGGGCAUCUGGGCAGAGGCGCGAAAGGACGUACGUAGGCGUUCAAGCCGAGACCGGGAGCCAUGCCGACGGGAAGGUUGGCCAAAAAACCCAUCAGGAACGAGGCGAGUGCAGCGACAGCGGCCGUCGAAAUAAUGAGGUCGUUCCGAACUUCCCCUAGGCAGACGUCGUACUCGGGAUUGGAGCCAUUCGGACAGUGGUCGGGGGUCGGACAGACGCAGGUAGCUCCAGAAUCGGCCAGAAUAGCUGCGUUCACGGAAAUCUAGUCGCCAUAAGCCCGGUACCAGUACGGACGGUUGGAUGAACGAACGAUGUAUGCCAUGGCAGCCUAUAAUGCGCCAAGAGUUGAGCGGACUCUGUAAAACGCGUAAAAUCUAGAGGAGAGAAUCAGGGGGCACGAAGGGAAGAGGGCCCACAAGAAACUCACCGAGAGCCUAUACGCUCCUUG